GCAGUGGUAUGAGAAUAUAAACUUGCUGGUGUAAAUGUGAAUCUGCUACAGCCCAGUUCUGACGUCAGGUUCCUUUGAGUUAUCCUGUGUAAUGCACGGUUCAAUUAGCAAGUCUCUCUAUAGAGCGAAGAUUAGCGAUUUUUAAAUAUUAUCUACAGGAAAUGCAGAAUAGCCGCUGGUUUGAUUCAUGCGUACAUGUUGUACUCAAUCAGCCAUCACCGCUCUCUUAAUUCAGAGGCUUCCUCUUGUUUGGAAAAACACUGUACUUGGUUAGUGGUUGGUUGGUGAGCCGCAGAGAAACUGCACACUCCAUCCACUGCAACGCUUGAGAAUGGAGCACUAGCUGUAAUUGUUGGAUUUCUACAGGCGACAUCAACUUGGAUAAAGUAAUUAUUAUUAUUUCACGUGUUAAAAAAGGACAGAGAAAGAGCCAACAUGUCGGGCAAGGACCGACAAAAAGGGAAGGUGACCAAAGACAGCGUUACCUUACUGCCUUGCUUCUAUUUCGUGGAGCUCCCGAUCCUGGCCUCCUCGGUCGUCAGCCUUUACUUCCUGGAGCUCACUGAUGUGUUUAAACCUGUGCGCUCUGGGUUCAUCUGCAAUGACCGGAGCCUCAGCAUGCCGUUUAUCGAGCCAGCCCAUGAGGUGAUCCCAUUCCUGAUGCUACUCAGCCUGAUAUUCGCUGGACCUGCAGCCAUGAUUAUGGUUGGAGAGGGUAUUCUUUACUGCUGCCUUUCCAAGAGAAGAAAAGGGGUUGGAUCCGAGCUGAACAUCAACGCAGGAGGCUGUAACUUCAACUCAUUCCUCAGAAGGGCUGUCAGAUUUGUUGGGGUUCAUGUGUUUGGACUCUGUGCCACCGCUCUUAUCACUGAUAUUAUCCAGUUGUCAACCGGCUACCACGCUCCAUACUUUCUGACUGUGUGCAAACCUAAUUACACCUCACUGAAUACCUCUUGCGAUGAAAACGCAUUCAUCGUGGAGGAUAUCUGUUCAGGAGCCGACUCUGUUUUUAUGAAUGCUGGAAGAAAGUCAUUCCCGUCCCAACAUGCCACUCUCGCAGCAUUUGCAGCUGUGUACAUCUCUAUGUAUUUUAAUGCCACCUUGACUGACUCCUCUAAGCUUCUGAAACCUUUGUUGGUUUUUUCCUUCAUCAUCUGUGCAAUUAUCUGUGGUCUGACCCGGAUCAUACAGUAUAAGAGCCAUCCUAUUGACGUCUACUGCGGCUUUCUCCUUGGUGGGGGAAUAGCGGUAUAUUUAGGACUAUAUGCCGUUGGCAAUUUCCAGCCUAGUGAAGAUAGUACAAAUCAACAUGCCCAGAACAGAGAGCCCCUGAGGUCUCUGACAGAUCUUAGCCAGGACACGAGCAGACACCUGCCAGGCAAGAAUGGCAGCAGCAGUGACGGGAUUUCCUCCCACCAUUCUGAAAGUAUCCUGAACCGCAAUCACAGGGAGUCCAGCUCGCUGACCAACCUGAAGAGAGCCAGCACUGAGGUGGAGAUCAUUAGUCCGCGGAGCCCAAUGGACAAGGAGACCAUGGUGACCUUCAGCAACACACUCCCCAGGGCGAACACACCUGCACUGGAGGAUCCAACAAGAAGAAAUGCCACCAUCCAUGCCUCCAUGGAUUCAGCACGCUCCAAACAGCUGCUCUCGCAGUGGAAGAACAAAAACGAGAGCCGGAAGUUGUCCCUACAAGUGAUAGAGACCGAAGCUGGCCACUCACCACAGAGAACAAUGGAAAUGAGGUCAAGCUCUGAGCCUUUCAGGGUGGGUGUCAGUGGAGAACAUCAAGGUCCUAUUGGCCAGUACUUAAAGAUCGGGCCUGGCAGCACUCCUUUGACUAACAACAGCAGUGUUAUUACAGGAGGAGCGAGGGUGUCCAUCCAAUCACGACCUGGCUCUUCACAGCUGGUUCAUAUUCCAGAAGAAACCCAGGAGCAUGUCAACACGUCACCCAAGAGCAGCUCCGCUAGAUCAAAAUGGCUCAAGGUUGCAGAAAAGACUGGAGCCUGCAGAACUAACAACCAGCCAAGAAUAAUGCAGGUUAUAGCUAUGUCUAAGCAACAGGGGAUGCUGCAAAGCAGCCCUAAGAGUUUGGAUGGCAGUACUGUCAGCUGCACAGGAUCCAUAAGAUACAAAGCAUUGACGGAUCAGGAACCUGCCAACAUUGUCAGGGUAGAGGCACACCCGGAGAAUAACAGGCCAGUCGUUCAAGCUCCAUCAAACGAUGGGACUGGCUCGUGGAAGUGGAAGGCACAGGAGAAAGGCAGCAUCCGUCAGACAUAUGAGCUAAACGAUUUGAACAGGGACUCUGAAAGCUGUGAGUCCCUUAAGGAUGGCUAUGGUUCCACUGAAAGGAAGAGAGGCAAUCCAGAGAGCGGUAGUGAGCACCACCACCAUCAUGGGAUAACUACCAUACGAGUGACCCCGGUGGAGGGGAGUGAUGCUGCUUCUGAGACCCUGUCCAUAGCCUCCAGCCGUGACUCUACGCUCAGGAGGAAAGGUAACAUCAUUCUUAUCCCGGAAAGAGGCAACAGCCCAGAAAACACCAGAAACAUCUUUUACAAAGGGACUUCACCUACCCGGGCUUUCAAGGAGUGAGGUAUUCCAUUGUAUGGCCUUGUUCUGUGUACUAACAUUAAAAGAUUUGGAUGAAGCUAGUGCUGUCCUUUUCCCACGGUUAAUCAAGAGUGUUUUGUGUAUUGCCAAUCCAUUGCCCAUCAGCCUAACUGGAUGAAUAUUGCUACUUUUUAAAAGAAGCUGUAUUGUGCAUGCAUUUUUACAUAUACAAAAAAAGCACAAAGUCAUGUGUAUUGUGACAAUUUUUGCUCUAUAUAUUUCAUUUUGUUCAUUUUUCAUAUUUUUGAAUAUGGUAUUCAUAUGGGCCCCCGGAAGAAACAAAAUAAUAAUAGUGUUGAAACGUGCCAACUUUUUGAAAAGUUAAAGCCACAGCUGAAUUUAUAUGCUCAUGAAGAAGUAUUUCAUGUUGUUUUAGUAUAUUAGCUUUUAUAAAUAGAGUUCUAAACUAUUUGGUACCUUACAUAUUCACCAGUGGGUGGUCUUUUAAAAAAGUUUCAUAUCAUGGAAAUCACUCUUGAGAUUUAGAGAGUUACAUGGUGUUGUGUGCAACAUACAUAUUUAUACAGCAGGUGCUAUUACACCAAGGAAAACUAAUGAGUAUAAAAGUGCUUUCAGAUGUAUUAAUUGAUGCCUCUUUAGUUCUCCAAAACGGGAGGGGCAAUGUUUUGCAGCCAUCUUAAAUGGCAUGUAAUGAAAGAGGAAUAGUCCUAAAAUGUUAAUUUGUUGAUUUUCAUGCAUUUAUAAAUGUCUAAAGGUGGUAUCCUGGAUUUAGCAGGGGAUCUUAUUUCAGAAUGGCUCUAACUCGAACACAGUUGUUAACUGGAUGUUUGAUGAUGUUUGCAUCAUCAUCACUUAUCAAAGGACUAUUUGAUUUCAAAGAAUAGAUUCUAAAGCAAAAUUGCCUCACAAUAACCCCCCCCCCCCCCCAACUUAAUAUAAUAUUAUAAUAUUAUUUAAAAAAUAAUGUUUUUGUUGAGGGCUGAUCACAUUAUAACUGCAUAACUACUAGUGUAAGACACGGCACGGUUUGGAAUGUUCAUAACUGUACAAAUAUUGUAAUAUAGAAAGCGAUAGGAAUUUAAAAAGCUAAGGUAAUAAUGUAAAAAAAAUAUAUUAAUAUGUGUGUAUCCAAGAAAAUCCAGGAUACUAACAUUAAAUGAGUUGCAGAAUAUGAAUUAUUUAUAUUUAUAGGGAUGUUAAUUAAUCUUCAAUUUAUUGUAACAUAUGAAGAAAUAACUUUAAAAUACUGUAAAAGUGUUUAUCCUCAAGCAAUGGCCUUUACACAAAAACUAGUAUAAGUUGGUAACAAAUAUUCCUUUGCACAUACAGUACACAUUUCUCUUUCACCACAGAAAUAACAUUGAAAAUAAAAAAUAGACAGCAAACUGAGUUUGUUAGUUCAGCUUUAUUUCGGUAUGUUUGAAAUAUCUGUAGAUAAUCAUAAAGAAUUGGAAUGUGGGACGCUUCGGGACCUUUAGCACUGUCUUCUAGUGAAAAUGAAGUACUUUCACAACAGCAGACAGGGUAGAAACAGGGUGGUGCCUGUAUAUUUAUUUUAAACACAAAACAAAAGCCUAACUCCUUCUAGGAGUGUUAAACUCAUCUUUUCAUGUCAUAAACUAUAAAGUGGACAGCUAAGCAAUUUAACCGUCACUUAAAACACUUAUCCUUUUUGAGUUUCACAAUACCCUUUCAGGUCUGCCCACACAGGCUUCCUCCAGGCCUUAACGCAGAUAACCAAACAAACAUUUCACCUGGUUUAUAUACCUGCCUGUCCAAUUACAAGGUAGGUGUCCCUCAUUGAAUUAGUGCCAGGUGAUUCCCAUCCUGGCUCAAUAAAACAAUUAAACAAUUGCAUCGUGGCUGUGCAAAGCAGCCACAAAAUACAUUCCUCAGUGUGCUGUCACAAACGCUACAGUAGAUCAAUGCACUUACUGCAUAAUAAUGUUUUAUGAUUGUGGCUAGGAAAGAAGAUAUCAACCAUUAGUUGCCCCAUCCAUUGGCUUAGUUUAUUCUAUAUAAAGUGAACAAGAUUUUUUUUUUAUGCAUGUACAGCUUAAAAGAAUGAACUAUUAUAUGAAGAUUUACUAUUUUCUAUGGAAAAAGAAAUUAUAUGAAAGCAUUGCCUUAGAACAAAUGAGUUUGCUUAUUUAGUUAUAUAAAGGUUGAAGUUCAUUCUAUGUAAUAUUGUACACUGCAAUUGACAAUGUAUACCUAACAAUGACAGAAGUUAAAAUGUUUAAGAUAAUUAUUAUUGAGUUUCUUUUGUGCGGUUAUUUAAACAGAAUGUUACAAGUUAAAAUGUAAAAUAAAGAUACAAUUUUAUUUGUACAUGUAAACACAACUCUAUUCUACCUGGGUAUGGCAACUGAUCAAUGGAAAUUAUAUGGAAACAGCAGUUGUGUUCCUCCUGUUACUUAAUGUAAACUUUUUUUUUUUUUAAAUAUAUUUUUAAGAACUCUCACUGCCAAAUAAUGUAAUUAAUUUAAUAGCUUUUGCAGGGUGCAUUAACAUUUAAGAUCUUGAAUAAUAAAAACAACUUUCUAUUUAGUAUGUACUGUUUGGUUGCUUUUGGUUGUUUAUUGCAACAUUCAUCCCUAUAAUGAAACAGAUGGUAAAGACUUCAGAAUAAAGGUUAUGCCAUGUACAACAAUAUUCAGUAUUGUGUGGUUUAGAUGCUUGAGUUGUUUUAAAAAUGUGACAUCGAGCUUUUAACAAGCUAGUUUUCAGUUAACUUGGAUGGUAAAGGAAUGUAUUCUACUAAAUUUUGCUCAGUAGAUUUUUUAUUAUAGAGAAUUUACAUUAUUCAUUAUUUUUGUGAUUAUCUUAGAUAUAGUAGUACCAAGAGUAACACAUUCAAUCAUUAUUUUUUGAAUAUGUGUGCCAAAGGCUAUUUUAAUGGUUACUAACUUUUUGUUAAUGUAUAGGAUGCCUGUUUUCUGGUAUAUUAUAUGAUUGGUUUAAACAGUCCAAAUAAUAUUAAUUGACAAAUUAAUGCACAUUUAUACCACUGUAAAUACUUCUUUAUAAUUAGCCAGAUAAGAAUAAAUGUAUCUGAAAAUUAUUUAAAAAUGUGAUCUCGCUACAAAUGGACACAGCACAUGCAGUCAAACAGGGUUUAUGCAUGCAAAGUGGGAAAUGCCUUCAGUUUGUAUGGUAGGAAAAUGUUAUGCAAUGUUUUGACAGUGAACAUCUGUAUAAUGUUAACUUGAUUAGUAUGUGUAUCAAUCUAUGCCUAUGUAAGUGAGCACUGUACUGUACUAAACACAAUCCUGUUAAAAUAUCCUGGAGGGGAACGAGACACCUAGAUCUGUGUGACAAUAAAAGAUUAAGUCGAAAAAGCUCUUUCAGGAUUUAAAGUCAAAAUUGUGCUUUGUCUGAAUAUUGAAAUAAAUGUUUGAUA